GGAAAAGGAUUGGAUUGGAUUGAAUUGCUGUUUUGUACUGUGGGUUUGGGGUUUGCGAUUCGGGGUUUAUAUUUUAUAUUCGUUGAGAACAUUGCAAGUUAUUGGGUAAGGGACGAUACAACGGAUAAAUCAACAAGGUACGAGAUUCGAGAUUCGAGAUUCGAGAUUCAGACUCAGAUUUAUAGGUUGAAGGAGAGGCUACGAAAGUAAAAGGAAAAAAAAAAGAAAAUAAUACGAGUACAUACCUAAACAUGGUAUUUAUGAGAUAGGAUUGUAAAUAGCUUCGACUUCGCGAUACGAGUAUUUGUUUUGCAGGACCAGAACCAUAUUCUCUAAUCAUACAUUUAUUUACGUUAUCUUCGAAAUCACAAUCACAAUCACAAUCAAGAUCGAUACGAAGCAAGUUAUUCCUUUCGUCAAAAUAUCUCCCAUCUUCGCCCAAAAUACAAAAUACAAUACAUCCACGCGCGUAUAAACACAAAUCACUCACUCAGUUCAAGAUGUCAAUCCUCGAUCGUAUAAAUCCACUCGGAUAUGGAGUUGGACGAACCACGCAUGCGAUAUGGAGAUUUUUACAAUUCGUCAUGGCUCUGACUGUUAUUGGAUUAUAUGGAACUGAUCUAGCCAAAGCGAAUAGAGAACAUAAAUAUUCGGAUGGAAAAUGGGUAUGUUCUAUUUUCCUUCUCCCUCUCAUCCUCCUCCCCGUCCCACCUCAACCCCUCAACUUCCAAACUAACACACAUCCCCAGGUCUACGCAGUAAUAACCGCCUCCCUCUCCGCAGCAACCUCUCUCCUCCAUCUAAUCCCCCUCUUUAACCUCAUCCCCGUCCUCUUUCUCUGGGAUGCUAUCCUAUUUAUUCUUUGGAUUGCCCUCUUUGGUCUCUUUGGAAAUAUGUAUAUACAUGAGAGAGCAGAAGGAGAUGCGGGGGUGCAGAGGAUGAAAAAUGCUGUUUGGGUGGAUUUGGUUAAUGCGAUUUUAUGGGCGGGGAGUACGGCUGGUAUGGUACUUUUUUGGAGUAGAGAGAAGAGGACUAGGUGGACGGGGAGGGCGAGUGGGAGGGCUGGUAGUCCGGGAGUUUAGGUGGUGGUGGGGUGGUAGAGGCUGGGAUGGGGAUGAGGAAGGGGAGAUUAAGUUGAGAGAGGAUGUGGGAUGAUGGAAGUGUGAGGGUUUUGGGUUAUUGAUUGAAAGAUGCUGUGGAGCAGCGUCUUAUCGAUGAAUGUCUAUGGCCCUGCAUCAGCUUCCAACAAUCGCGAUACCUUUUUGAAAAUCAAACAUCAACACCACAACAAAUCCCAUCAUCCACAUAACAACCAUCUUAAAAUCCGAGCAUCAAUAGCUGAGGCGAGGCAAGAAUUGAGGCGAGGCAAAAACGGCAGGACAGGGCAGGAUAUAGGACUUUUGAUGAAGCAACGACGAACAAUGAUAUCAUCGUGGAGGUUCCACCCAGAUAAUAAGUUUCGCUGGUUUCACAUGGGUUUGAGAAACAUAAUCUUACCUGAUCUUAUCCUAUUGGUUUUUUGAUAUGGAUAGCAGAAGGCGGAGGUGGAAUGGAAUGGAAAU